UAACCGUCCCAAAUCAAUAAACACUAAUCUGUACACUCCAGUCUACAUGACAGAUCAAUAAUCGUGUUACGUGUUACAUUUUAGUCAAAUUUAAUGCUCAAAAUCUCGAUUCGCAGGACAGUUCCGAACUUUUUUCUGUCAGAUUCUUUCAUUUUACGCAAAAACGCGUCGAAUGAGCCUAAUUUCAUCGAAAUCAGAGAUGAUCUAGCCUCAAUAGUUGUCAAUUUUAACGCUCAAUAUCUCGCUUCGCAGGACAGCCCUCGACUUUUUUCUGCCAGAUUCUUUUAUUUUACGCAAAACCGCGUCGAAUGAGCCUAAUUUCAUUGAAAUCGGAAGUGAGUAAGCUCUUCUGGAGAAUUACUGAAAGCUGUAAACCAUGUACAACAUAAGUUCACAAUUUUUCGUAUAUAUACAUAAUAAGAGUAAAGCAGGCUUUCAUUUUGAAUGAAAACGCGUUGAAUAAGCCUAAUUUCAUUGAAUUGGGAGGUAAAAGGUAGCUUUUUAAUAAACACUUACCGAUCAAAGUACGUGUAUAUAGCACUGCAUCAAAAUCGAUGUAUUAGAUUUCCUAACCUCAAUAGUCGUCAAUUUUAACGCUUAAUAUCUCCGUUCGCGACGCUUAGUUCUACUAGGUUCUUUCGUUUUGUGCAAAAUCGCGUCGAAUUAGUCCAAUUUUAUUGAUUUUUGAGCUGCGCAUGCUAAACUAUACAAUUAUCAAAACGAAAUCGAGGAAUCACUAUCCAAAAAAAAAAAGAGGAAAUUGAAUACAAACACAAAGAGUUAUGGAAAUGUUUCUUAACGCCUCAAAAACCGCAUUGUCCCAGUUGUCAAUCUAUCAAACGAUUCGUGUCGUUCUGGGGAAUCCAACAUGCGACUUGGAUUCUGCUGUAAGUGCUCUGGUCCAAGGAUUGUUAGAAUAUAGUGAAAUCAACAAAUGUGAACUUACCGAUGUCGCCGUAAUACCAGUCAUGAAUAUACCAGAAAAAGAAUUUCGUAUUAAGACGGAAGUAGUUUAUAGUCUGAAGUCUCAUAACAUCCCACUGAAUUUGCUAACAUUCAGAGAUCAGAUUGAUUUGCAAAAUAUACAAAAUGAUGCCAACAAGAAACUGGAGCUGAUUUUAGUUGAUCAUCAUACACUUGCCAACGAGGAUUUUGAGUUGAAGCCUUCAAUCGUAAUGAUCAUUGAUCAUCGGCCAUUGGAUCCAGCCUGGUCAUGGCCGAAUGUACUGUUAAACAUAGAAAUUGUUGGAAGCUGUGCCACUCUUGUUGCACGCAAUGUCUUACAGAAGAAUCCUGAUAUACUGGAUACACAACUCUCGAGUCUCUUGCGAGGUCCAAUAUUGAUUGACACUUAUAAUAUGUCGGAUGAAGCUGGUCGAGCAACUGCUACUGAUGUUGAUAUACUAAAUGUUCUUGAGCAACUUGGUAGACUUACAUCUGACAGAACUGAUAUAUUUAAAAAGAUUAUGCAUGCAAAAACAGACAUCAGUGAAUUGACUCUUGAAGAACUUAUGAUUAAGGAUUUGAAAGUAACGAAUGGGAUACCUCUCGUUGGAUUUUCCCUUUUAGUAGAAGAUUUUCUUGUUCGAGAAAAUGCAAAAGAAGUUAUUGAACAGUUUGCUAAUGAAAGAAAUUGCAAUGUCGUUGUACUUAUCGGGCAGGAUGUGACCAAGGAACAUGUAUCUAGAGAUAUUGCAAUCUUUUCAACAUUAUGUAAUCAAUUGGCGAACGAUAUAAUUCAAGCGUUGGUUGAAUCUACUCAGCCAUCUCUAAAUCUAGAAUUAAUUAAAGAAAUUCGAGAAGAGAAUCAUAGUCUCUGUUUGUACAAACAAAGAAAUGUGAAGGUAACACGUAAACAGAUAUUACCAAUUGUACAGAAAACGGCAUUAUUACACGAAAAUGAGAAAAUAUGAUAUAUAAAUACAUAGACUAUUGAAUAAAAAAAAUGUUGCAGAGAUAUAAAGUUUAUUAAUAAAAAUAAUAUUUGAGUACUUUUAUAUUCUCUAGAGUGCCUCUUUGCAUUAUAUAAUGAUAAAUUUCC